UUGCCGUGACUUUCAAUCAGUUAUAAUGGCAACGGAGCCGCGCAGCUAGCAGAGUCAAUGUUCCACUGACUGACUUAAAAACCUUAAACUCAUUUGUACAACUUUUAUGUAUAAUAUAUACAAAUCAUACUCACGCACACACAUUUGAAGGUUUCGAGUUUGAAAACGUGUUUGUUUCGACUAAAAUAGCAGCUGAAGCGAGUGAAAAUAAAAAUAAAUAAAAACAAUACAAAAGAUGGCCAAUAAAACUGCACCGGGUACCAUUAACAAUUCCUAUGAAUUGGAUCAUUCGGAUCCAGAGACUGCCAAAGAAUAUAAUAAGACUGACUUUCAACUUGAAACCCUGCAUGAUCAUGAUCCUUUAGAAAAUGGAGAGAUUAUUGCAAAGAAAUCGAAGGAGCCGCUUCCGAAAUGGAUUAAAAUUUGCAUCCAUUUGAUAACACAAGGCCUGAUCAUAGCUUACUUCGUCUAUGCCACAUAUCACUACCACGAUUUGAACACAUAUGAUUGCACAUGGGAUGACACAUUGCCGCUAUGUGGCAUACGUUUCUGCACUGGCUACGGCAUGCUUCUACUGCUGCUAGGAUUCAUUUACUUCGGCCUGUUCUACUAUCAAAUAUUCAAGCCAAAACUCGGACGUAUGCUGCACAGAAACUAUCUGCAUCCGGCGUCAAUUAAAUGGCACAAAUUCAGCAGAACGCGCGUGGUGUCUGCGGUAAUGAUAGUCAUACUGUUCGUCCUGCUGGCCAUCUAUCUGUACUUCGAGACCAGGAAUGAGCCAAGGAAACUGGUGUCCUUGGUGGCGCCUUGCUUCUUCAUACUCUGCGGCUGGAUCUUCUCCACGAAACGCAGCGAAAUCAAAUGGCGCAUUGUGAUCACUGGCAUCACGUGCCAAUUUCUGCUCGGCGUCUUUUGCAUACGCUGGGAUGUGGGUCGAAGUAUCUUCGAGUGUCUGGGCAACAAGGUGGCCACAUUUUUGGAUUAUGGCGUCGACGGUGCACGCUUUGUAUUUGGAGAUCUCCUGAUCGAUAACAAUGUCUUUGCCUUUGCCAUAUUGCCGGUGAUAUUCUUCUUCAGCUUCUUCAUCAAUGUGCUCUACUAUCUGGGCACCAUGCAAUGGGUGGUAAUCAAACUGGGCUGGAUCCUGCAGGCGAUACUGGGCACAACCGUCUGUGAAAGCGUCACGGCUGCGGCCAACAUCUUUCUCGGCAUGUCCGAGAGUCCAAUGCUCAUUCGACCCUACAUCAACAAGCUGACCAAGAGUGAAAUUCACAGCAUCAUGGUGUCGGGCUUUGCUACCGUGUCUGGCACAGUGUUGGCUGCGUAUUUAUCCUUUGGCGCAUCGCCUGCGCAUUUGAUUACAUCCUCGGUGAUGGCGGCACCUGCCACACUGGCCAUCUCGAAGCUGUACAUGCCCGAGACGGAAGUGAGUCAGACCUCAAGUGAUACGAUACAGCUGGAAAAAUCUGAGGAUUCGUCGCUGCUGGAUGCCGCUUCGAGUGGCGCCUCCAAUGCUGUGCCCAUUGUGCUGGGCAUUAUUGCCAACAUUGUGGCAUUUGUGGCAUUCAUUGCAUUCCUCAAUGGCGUUGUCAGCUGGUUUGGCUUCCUCGUUGGCCAUGAAGAGAUCGACUUUGAGUGGAUAUUCUCCAAGAUCUUUAUACCGCUUGCCUGGUCCAUGGGUGUGCCAUGGGAGGACUGCGAUAUCAUAGCUAAAGUGAUUGCCACCAAGACGAUAAUCAAUGAGUUUGUGGCCUACGAACGUCUGGGCCAGUACAUUGAAAACGGUGACAUUACCGCUCGCAGUGCUGGCAUUGCCACAUUCGCCAUCUGUGGCUUCGCCAAUCCCAGUUCGUUGGGCAUUCUCAUCGGAUCGCUGAGUGCCAUGGCCCCAAAACGUCGGAGCACAAUCACUUCGGUGGCAGUCAGAGCCUUCGUUGUGGGCAGCAUCGUUUGCUUCAUCUCGGCUAGUUUUGCAGGCAUUUUGAUACAAGAGGAGGAAGAAAGUUAUAAUUAUAGGCAAAUAUUUGAGAAAUUGGGGCGCAGAAAUCAAACGAUUUAAAGGGGCACAAUGUUACAAAAUAUAUAUUUAUUUCACCAGAA